AUGGCUGAAAAGGACUAUUUCAGCUUCAAGCACGAGAGUUCCGAGGACGAUUUUGGUGUUGGUGGGAGUAAGAGGUCUGCGAGGAAUAGGGUACGGUCUGCUGGGACAGGAACGACGAGUUUCAAGUCGUUUUCUCCUUCGAGACCAGUUGGUCAAGGACCAAGAAGUCCGGGGUAUAGCAUGGCCAAUCAACUGCGAAGUCCUCCUCCAGUAACAGGUCAUUCACCAUUGAAUACCCUAAAACUGAAUACUAGCGGCUUGAAACACGCUGUAAAUACAAUGUCUCCUGCUUCCAAUUCUAGUUCUGCCAAAUCUAGCCGAAAACCGUCGAUUUCUGGACCUUCUGGGGCUAUAAAGGCCGCUGCGACUUCUCCGGGGAACAGAUUCAGGUCGAAUUCUUUGAGUAGUGCUAGAUCUGUCGCAGUAACGACGGAUUCCGCCGCCGCGACUCCAACCCUAGUUCUUCCUCCAAAUUUGGCAUCUCUGAAUUCUCAAAGCACAUCAAAUGUUGGCUCUCCGCAAUUCCCUUCAGGUGUGCAAAGCGCAAGUGGGAACUCCCAGCAACACUUAGAUCAGAUGUCCUCGUCAUCCUCGAGUCGUUCGGGAAACAACAGUAGUACAACGACGUUAAGGUCGUUCAAACCCAUACAGAAACAAUACGUGCUGAACGAACAGCUUUAUCUCGAUAAAAUGAAAAACAGUCGCCUGGAUGAGUACUAUACGCGCGGCAUUGCGGCAUCGAUCAAUGAUGAGGAGGAAGAGACAGAUCUCGAUGUUGAGGACACUGAUAAUGACGAAGCUGCGUUCGGUACCAAUUUCUUCACCACUACGGAAAAAGGAAGUACUUUGGCCAUGGAGGACGAACUUGUUACCAUCAGCGCGCGCUUUCUGUUGGGUAGAAUGGACUGGCUUCGGCAGGCCGAUGGAGAAAAUUCAACCGUAAGAGAGCUACUUGGUCCAUUGCAAAGGGUCUCAUCUAGUGGUACCUCACUAUUAACCCCGCAGUCAACAAUUUCUCCUCCUAACGAAAAGGAAUGCCAAGAGUCAAUAAAUCGACUUUCUCAUACUUAUUACGCGUCAGAACGACUUGAAUGGCAAACAAUGCUUACGAAUGUGCUAAGAGGAGAUAUAGUCAAGAUUGAAAAGAGCAAAAUUGCGCAUCAAGCCAUACGUACAAGCAGUGAUUUGCAAUACGCAGAUGAUCUCUGGCUCGAGCUAAAAGCAUGGAUGAACUGUCGCCCUGUGGAAGAUGAAAGGAAGUCUUUAGAAUAUUUAAGGACGUCCACUGAAACAUUGGUACGCGAUAUUAUGGAACUGAAGUUUAAGGAAGGUAUAACAGUAAAGGAAGCUGCAGCGAUUGUUGAACCGCUGGUCAAUAAGUUUCACAGGGUCACCUCGUAUUGGAGAAGCCUGCCACAAAUGUAUCAUCAAUAUCCAGUUACGGGUAGCAGCGAGUUUGAAGACCGUAUUGCUACGAUGAACACCUUGCUAACCCUUAAAGAGGCCUUUGAUUCUGAGAUCGAAUGUCUUAAAUCAUGGAUUGGCAGCGAGGAGCUAGAUGUACAAUUCACCUCAACUGAUCAUGAUAUUGAGGGAGUUUACAAGAAUGAGAGUACAUUUGCGGAACAAAUAUUAAAGGAACGAGAUAUUGAGAGCAUUUUCCAGAAAAAGAUCUUUUUUCGUCAUGCUCCGUGGAUUUUGAAAGCAAAGGUUGCCGUCUUCACUCUUCAUCAGACAAUGCACGAUAUGAACAUGCCGCUACUCGACAAAGAGCUCGAAAUCCUACUGAUGUUUCCAUUGAAGCUUGUCAAAGAAAUUAUCAGAAUACGACUAGAAUACGCAGAGAAACUGAAAAAUCCAACGAUGAUGAUGAUUGAUCAGAUGAUUGACGAUUUCAGCUCUUAUAUCAGGUUGUCGGUACAGAUUAAGCGUACAACAGUUCUGUACUGUAGUGAUUGGAGUUUUGGCAUUGAGAUAAAUCCUAGGUUUGAUUUUAUGGUUAAUGAGGCGAUAAGGUAUUUAUUUAAACUUCUUCACCUGAAGCUGCUGGACAGUGCUAAAAAAUCUUUCAAAACUUUCAGAGAACCUGAGGAGCUAUUGAAAUACUGGGAUCAACUGAAGAAUGUUUGCUGUCAUAUAGAAGGAGCUGGUCAAGUGGUGGCAGAAGGCUUUACUCAGCUCACCCUCAGAUUGCUGAACAGACUGCAUUCAUAUGUUCUUCGCGAACAAAACAACCCACCUAAUUUUAGAACGCAAUCAGAGGUAGAAAAGUGGCUUGUGCAAACGAUGGAAAAUAUUGGAUCCUUCAAGCGAAAGAUAAACCGAUUUUCAAACGUCUUAUCGAAGGCUUUGCAGAAUUCUGUCAAUUACAAAAUCAGCGACCAUCAAAAAUUAUUAGAACGAUUGAAAGAAAGUGGGCAUUUUCUUGUUUACACCGGCGGGGAGCUCGAGAAAAAUGGGAUCUACCUUUUUUGCAGUGAUAAUCUAUUGGGUUGUUCGGAUCUGGACAUUUUGAAAAUCUUGCAUAAUAGUGAAAUUGGGUCUGAUCUUAUACCCUCUGUGGAGAUCAAAAACAGUUUGAGCGUAUACAACGCCCUUGAAAUGGGUUGGGAUCAAGACGCAAUGAUAUAUCAGGAAUAUGAUUCGGAUGGAAUUGCUUACUACUAUGUACAGCCAGAAAACAACGUGAAAAUCACAAACUCUAAAGUUCGCAGAGGCACAAAUUUCAUGAAUAGUAACGCCAUUGACGACUACAAAACGGACGAGGAUGAAUUUCUCGAGCUCGAGUUGAAGGUUAAAUCACUCGGGUACAUUAUUGCGAUAAGUCCUAGUGAACCUCUUCUAUGGGGAGGAGAAAUGCUCAACUUAUCGGAGAAUACAAAGCUUACAAUGAAUGAUUUGGACAUAAAGAUUAUGCCAGAUAGCCUUGUUUUGCUAAAUCAAGGAUCGACGUAUGCCAUGGACUACCAGUGUGACAGGUUUCAGCAUUUUGUUGGGGAUUCUGUUUCUUUCAAUGAGCGCAGAUGCUCCAUUAAUUCGGUCGAGAACACGCUACAGAGAAUAAAUCGUGCAUACUUUCGGGUCACCUUCUCCGUUUUAGCAAAUGCGCCAAAGGUAGUGUCAACAGUCCAAAGGAUUUCGCAUGGUAAUGAAACUAUAAACAAUCUUUUUAUUUUCUGUCGCGAUUUCGCUAAAAACUUUCUGCGCUUGAACGUUGCGACGUAUGAAAAGAAAUCUAUCAUAAUCAUGCAUCUUUUGAAACUAAGCUUAGCUUGGAUUUCGUUUCUGGUGGACGAUUGUGACCCAACAGAUUCACGGACUUUCAGAUGGUGUGUUCCCGCUAUGGAGUUUGCUAUGCAAAUGACUACAGGAUGGAACAUAAUGAGUUUAGAUGAAAAGCAAUUCUCGCUCUUAAAGCAAAAGAUUUCUGGAUGUAUGUCUCUUCUGAUAUCCCAUUUUGAUAUCAUGGGUGCUAGGACGCAGGAUACGGACAAAACUGUCAAUGUUCUUGUCAGAAACAACAUAGAGGUUUGUGAAGACGAUGAUGACGCAAUAUUGGCUGUUAACUCUGAGAUAAGGGUCCGCGCCAUUCAAGACCUAGAGCAGCAGACUAAAAGCAAUCCUCGACAAGCUGGUAAAGUACUUGACGCGACCGAUAAAGAAAAUCAGUAUUUAUUGUCAUUGGCAUCUUCGUUUUCGAACGUCUCUAUAAGAUGGCAGAAGCGGACUUUCAUCGGGGGUGGUACGUUCGGCACUGUGUUCUCUGCUAUUAAUCUGGAUACCGGAGAGAUUUUGGCUGUGAAGGAGAUCAAAAUCCAAGAUCGCAAGUCGAUGAAACAAGUCUUCCCGUCGAUAAAAGAAGAGAUGUCUGUGCUUGAAGUUUUAAAUCAUCCAAACGUUGUACAAUAUUAUGGUGUUGAGGUACACAGAGACAAAGUUAAUUUGUUCAUGGAGUACUGCGAAGGCGGAUCUUUGGCGCAACUGCUGGAGCAUGGAAGAAUCGAGGAUGAAAUGGUGACACAGGUUUAUACUUUGCAAAUGGUGGAAGGGUUAGCUUACUUGCAUCAAUCAGGUGUUGUUCAUCGCGAUAUUAAACCUGAAAAUAUUCUGCUGGACUUCAACGGAAUCAUAAAGUAUGUUGAUUUUGGAGCUGCUAGGCUAAUUGCAGCGAAUGGAACCAAGGGAGCUACUUCCACAGACAAAAGAGGCGUUAAUAGUAUGAUGGGUACGCCGAUGUAUAUGUCGCCUGAGUCGAUAACGAACUCUAGAAGGGGCAAACUUGGUUCGGAUGACAUUUGGUCACUAGGAUGUGUUGUACUUGAAAUGGUGUCAGGCAGAAGACCAUGGUCAAACUUAGACAAUGAGUGGGCUAUAAUGUACCAUGUGGCAGCGGGCCACGUUCCACAGAUGCCCAAUAAAGACGAGAUAUCCAAGCUUGGCCUCAAAUUUUUGGGGAGAUGUCUCAUUCAAGAUCCGAACCGGAGGUCCACCGCCAUGGAACUGCUAAUGGAUCCUUGGAUGACUGAAAUUCGGCAGUUGGCUUUCGGUGAUGGCACGUCAGACGCUGAAGCUCCGGCACCUGACGUUUGA